CCUGGCCAUGGCCGCGGGAGGAGCCCUCGCACUCGGGGCCGCCGGGCCCGGCCUCUGACGGCCGCCCAGGGAUGGAGGUCGGCGAGCUGGAGGAGAGCAGGAGAGAGCACUGGAAGUUGCUCGGGAACCUGAAGACCACCGUGGAGGGCCUGGUCUCCAUCAACCAUCCCAACGUCUGGUCUAAGUAUGGCGGCCUGGAGCGGCUCUGCAGGGACAUGCACAGCAUCCUCUACCACGGACUCAUCCCGGACAAGGUGUGUUUCCGGCAGAAGGACUACUGGCAGUUUGUGAAGGACAUCCGUUGGCUGAGCCCCCAUGCCGCCCAUCACGUGGAGAAGUUCAUCCACCUGCACGAGAGCAGGCAGCGCGACGCGGAUGUCGUCAGCGACCGAGCCGUAGCCGAGCUCUGGCUCCAGCACAGCCUGCAGUUCCACUGCCUGUCGGCUCAGCUGAAACCCCUUCUGGGAAACAAGCAGUGCAUCAAGAAAUUCUAUGCAGGCAAGACGGAAUCGGCACCCGGGAUGGCAUCUCUUAUGCCCAAAGGAUAA